GGACUCAGACUCGGACCUGGAGCCGGGCACGCGCGCGGAACCGCUGCAGGACGCGAGGGCAAAAUCGCGCGCACAUCAUGCCGCCCAAGUUCGACCCUACCGAGAUCAAAAUCGUGUACCUGAGGUGCACAGGAGGAGAAGUUGGUGCUACCUCUGCCCUGGCUCCCAAAAUUGGACCACUGGGUUUGUCUCCCAAAAAAGUGGGCGAUGACAUUGCCAAGGCAACCGGAGAAUGGAAGGGUCUGAGGAUCACCGUCAAGCUGACCAUCCAGAACAGACAAGCAGAGAUUGAGGUGGUCCCGUCAGCUUCUGCGCUUAUUAUCAGGGCCUUGAAGGAGCCCCCUCGUGACAGGAAGAAGGUCAAAAACAUCAAACACACUGGCAGUGUGCCCUUUGAAGAGAUCAUCAACAUCGCUCGGACAAUGCGACACCGCUCUCUUGCCAAAGAACUUUCUGGAACCAUCAAGGAGAUCCUUGGUACUGCUCAGUCUGUGGGCUGUAUGAUCGAUGGCCGUCCUCCACAUGAUGUCAUUGACGACAUCAACAGUGGCAAAGUGGAGUGUCCUUCAGUAAGUGAUUGUGAUAACACCCCCUUACUUUGUAAAGUGUAACCUGCUCUUGGUCAUCUUAAAAUUUGUCCUGAAAUGUGCAUCUAAAAUUAAUUCUGUGAUCCUUAUUUUUCUUUUCAGGAGUAAGACAAAAGAUGAAAAAUAAAGUUCUUAAAU